CAAAAACCACCGAAGAACACUUUCAACAUGGGUCAAGCCCAUUGACAGUAUCCACAGCGACGUCUCCCACUGAGAAACAAGCACCCAGCGAUUAGCGAAGAGUUUGAACUGUUAUUGACCUUAAAUUAUCUAAAUGUGGAGGUUAAACAAAGUUCGCCACAAAGCUGCGCGACAGGGCGACAGCGAGCUCCGGUUGAAGCGGCGAGAGCGCGAGAAAGCACUGAGACAGGCCCGCAGAGACAGACAGCUUGUGAGCAAGAGACUCCUGCUGAAUGAAGAUGAGGACCAGCCGGAGGUCACCAUGGACACUAACUCAGGGGAACAGGACGUGGUCAGUUUGUUCCACAAACUUCAACACACCGGGCCGGAGAGGGAGGCCCACCUGAAAGCCUUGAGUAAAGCUCUCCGCGACCCAUCGGCACAGCUCACCUUCAUCAAGCAGGAGAAUAGCAUGCAUCUUCUGGUUGGUCUCCUCACCGGCUCCAAUGCUACGUGCCGUCUGCAGGCCGUUCGGUGUCUUCAUGAGCUGUCUCACUCUGCCCACACCAAUGUGGCACCGGCCUGUCUGCCUGCCACCCCUUACCUGCUCACCUAUCUGUCUGGCCAGAGCACCAAGUUCACUGAGCUGUGUCUCUACACACUGGGUAACUUAUGUCCAGACAGUGAUGUUGUAAAAGAGAAACUCCUGGCCCAGGGAAUCAUACCAGCUCUGGCCAGCUGUAUAGAGAACCAGAGACAUAACCUUGCGGUGGUGGAAGCUGUGGGCUUCACCCUCUCUCAGCUUCUCCAGUCCAAAGAUGCAGCAGAUAAAAUAAUCCCGAUGAUCCUGGCCUCCAGCUUACCUUCACACUUGUUAUCAGUCCUGACUCCUGACCCAAAGUUUGGCCUGGCACCUGCCAUAGAGUGUGCAUGGUGUCUGCACUACCUCACAUGCAGCAUUGAGGAUAACACAGUGCUGUUGUCUCGUGGGGCUCUGUUGAAGUGCAGUUCACUGUUAGUGUCACUAGGUGGCGCUGUGGCAGAGGGAAACAAAGAAGAAGGAAUGGAGCUGCUCAUCUGUCCUCUGCUGAGGUGUGUGGGAAACCUCCUGUCCUCCUGCCCAGUUGAAACCCUGAACUCUCAAGUGGGUGAUGUCGGUAUCGUGGUUGCUCUGUGUGCACUCCUUCAGGCCUACUUACAGACCCAGCCAGCUUUGGCCAGAGAGAGUGCCUGGGUCCUCAACAACCUCACAGCUUAUUCCAGUGCUUUGUGCUCUGCUCUGCUGACUCUGAACUUGAUCCCUGGACUGAUCCAGCUCCUUCCUUUCUCUCAAGGAAUCAAUACCAUGAUCCUGAGGGUUUUAGCAAAUAUUGCCCACAAGAAAAAGGAGUUCUGUGUCCAGCUGGCUCAUCUUGGAUUGCUGUCUGCACUCUGUGCCACACUGAAAAUGGCCGACCAAGAGAUGGUGACCCUGAGUAUGGAUGUCCUGUUCAUGCUGGUAGUUAGUGGUCCACAGGUGGCAGAGGAGUUUGUAAGGCAAGGCGGAGUUUCACUGUUAGAAGCCAUUCAGUACAACAGCGAAGGAGAGAUCAGACGAAGAGCAACGCAUCUCCUGGAGCACCACCUUCUGUCCUACUCAUCCUAUUGCUCGGACACCCCAUGUUCCUGAACCAACAAGCACCUGACAAAUCACUGGUACCUCGAGGACACACCUGAAAAUACGAGACUUCUUGUUUACAUUUUGCAAUCUGUGUAAUGGACAAACAAUGUUGGUAUAUUUAAAGUAAUUUUUGAUACCUUUUUAAACACAAACUACUGGUAUUUUGACCACCAUCUUCAUUGUUGUUAUCCAUGUAGGUAUUUUUAAUAUAAUAUAUUUUUUUAAUACCUGAGACCUGAGAGAGUCUUUACACUCAUUCACCAAUGUCACAAACUUUCUUUCUGUUGCUUAUUGUGACACCAUCAGUUGAGAGACUGAAGAAGACUGAUGUAUUUUUGAUCAUCAAAGUCUGAAACUUGAACACCUAGAGGGUUUACAUGACUGUAAAUAGUAUAAAGUAUUUAUCGUAUCAUGCCCAUAAUGCAAUGUUAUUAAUGACUGUAUAUUCAUCAAAUGAAUUGAUAUCACCUUAAAACUGUUUUUUGAGAGUAAGAUCUUCUCUAGAUAACGUUAUUAAAGUUUUUGCAAAAAAUUUUAUUGGUUUUGUAACAUAACCGCCCUACGGCUGAAUAAUGCAACGAUGUACAAAAACAUCACAUAGAUGCCAGAUCAGGCCACCACUUCCUCCUUCCCACCACCAACCACCCGCUUCAGGUCCGGCCACUAAUUUCUUGUGUAAAUACUAAAAUGAAUAUGAACGGAGUAUUAUGUUGACAACUAGAGUCACACAUUAUCCUUCAUUUGGUCUAUAUUACACUAAUUUAUCCAUCUAGCAAAUGUAGGUGGUUGUUCAUCCUUCCAUCACAUGGCUAUCCGAUUGUUGUCAGUGAUAACAGCAUUUCUCUUCAGUUCCAAGGUAUUGAUUUUUGUCAUAUGUCACCUAGUAGGGUUGCUCUUGCUUCUGUGGGGAUGAUUAUUCUGUGGUUGGAUAGAGAUCUAAUGAAUGUAGAAGAUUGCAGGCCCAGAAAAUAGCUAAAUAUGUUAUCAGUGUUUCUAUUCCAGUUCCAGAUGUUGUGUUAUGUGCAGCCUGUCAUGGUUUAUAGGGGUAAUAUGUGCUAUUAAUGAGAUUGUAUUGUGUAAUUUUAUCUCUUGUGAGAAACACUAACUACCAGUACACAGUGCUCCCAGUUCCACUUCCUCAAAAUUGCACUCAGGAGCUUCUUUUCCGUUCGAGUGAGAUCGGGGUAAAGCUAUUAAUUCGACCCAAAAAAAAAAGGGGAAUGUGAAUUUGACUGUGUGGACUGUACUGAGGAACUGCAAGUGUUCAGCUCCUCCCCCUAUUGAAAAAAGGAAAAAGCUACUCUCAAAUUACCCCACUUCCUCUGACGACCCACUACAUUCCCUUUCCGUUAUCAUUCACACUGCUUCUCUACAUGAAAAACUAGAACAAGUGUACUGGCCAUGGAGGGUGCUGAGUCAACAACUAGGGAGAAAACAACAGGAAAGGAUGGGAAAAAGGCUGUGGAUCAAUUGAUGCUGAUGUCCAGCAAGCCUCUGCAUCGCUUUGUCCAAAAAGAGCCCAGAGCUCUUGGGAUUGCCAUUGUGAUCUUCGGGUGUGCAGAGGUCCUGAUGGGCUUUUCUUUGGUCAGUGAAGGUGUGCCAACGUCUGGUAAAAUCUACAUUCCCUUCUGGCAGGGACUUCUGUUUCUUGUCAGUGGUAACCUGUCUAUCUACACUGAGAUGCACCCAUCCAAGAAGAUGGUGACUGUGUGUUUGGCCAUGUAUGUGGUUUCCCUCUUGGGAAUCGCAGUCUCUGUUGGCUACAGAAUAUUCUGCCUCUCCACUAUUAACUACUUAAGGUACAGGGCGAAGUGGGUGGAUGAAGACAGGGACUGGGCCUCACAGAGAGCGGAGCAGCUUUUUGGUGUCGAAAGCAUAUUGUUCACUUUCUCUCUGUGUGUGUCAGUGCUUCUCAUCUUCUUGUGCGUCAUCGCACGGUUAGCUCUGAAGUCCACAAACACUCAGGUCAUUGUCCAGCACAUACCGGCACCACGGAAUGACACAACAUCAAACUAAAAUCAACCUUUCUGAAGCAUUGUUCUACAAUCACUAACACUGGUUUGCUUGCAGCACUCCUCUUCUGUGAAAGAAAUAUGUGAGAAUCCUGUGCAGUAUAUUGCACGUGAAUGUUACUCCACUUAGAGGCAGUAGCCCAAUAACCCCACCGCAGCUUUUUUAAGUUACCUACAGCUACCGUAUGUGUAAUGCUGAAUACAUUUAUUUUACAUGCACUUAUAAGGGAAGAUCUUAACCACUAAUUUAUCUAGCAAUGUUUGUUACUGUAUGGGUCAGUAAACAUGUUACAUUACUUUGAAUUAAAGCCUCAAGAUGAACAGAUCUUACAUGGUAUUGAUAACUAUCAAUAGAGUCAACUGAUUAACUCUGUGGUAAUGUUAUAUCGCCUAAUCUUAUGUAUAUUGUACCAACAAUAAUAUACAGUGUUGUUAGUUAACACUGGUAAAGUCAGACCGAAGCACAUGCUUCUAUAUUUACAUUAAAAUAAAUCAGAAGUACAUUUUCUUUCUGUUCCACAACACCCCAACCCAGAAAAAGUCUAACCAUAAGUUGAAUAACCACUCAGUUUAUAUUUUAAUUAUAUAUUGUGGUCACUUACUGUUACCCCAUAAACCCUUAUGUCUGUACAUUAUCUGCAUUAUUACAGUAUGUGCAGUGUUGGCAUAGUUUAGACUCUACUUGCAGCUUUUGAGAAUCACUGUGAACCUCUGUAUACACUCUGUAUCCACCUGCGACUGUAACUUUACAGACGUUUAAAAGAAGUGACAGUAUAUUUGAAUACAUUUGGGUUUUUAUAGUGACAUCCAUGCAGCAUAUUUUUCUAAGCUUGUGACUUGAUGUGUAUGUUUUUGUAGUUCAGUAUUUUCAUCUACAUGACUGAUAUGAACAGCCUGCUUGUAAACCUGUUGCCAUGUAUUUUGUGAAUGUGUGAAAAAGACAGUCCCUGGACAGGGAAACAUUUUUCAAGGGAUUAGCUUUAGCUUUUAGCUAUAUAGUGCAAUAAAUGUAAUGUGUAUUGUCUUGUUAAAUAAACAUUUUAAAAUAAA